GCCAGUGAGAGCAACAUCCUGGAAAGAGGGGGGAGCACCAGCGCCCCCCCAAAAAGGAAAAAGGCCCCACCCUGACACGUUUUGCUGUUUGCAAGUCCCUCGCACGCCCCCCGCACCUCCUCCUAGCGCCCGCGGCCCCGCCACCCCAGCCCGCUGCGCGCACAUCAAAGCGCCUCUCCGCCGCGCACAGUGGCCGCGGCUCACUAAUGGGAUUGCAGGCUGGUGCCUGGCUCCGUCGCUGCCACCGCCGCUGCUCGCCCUGCUGCUGCAGCCGCCGCCGGAGCCCGAGUCCUAACCCCCGCCAGUCCUCGCCCAGAGCCGCCGCUCCCGGGGAUCGAAACCGCGGCGAUGAUCCGAAUCUUUCCGGAUUUCAGCGUGCAGGUGACGGCCGCGGCGGCCGGCGGGGCGGCCGCGGGGGUGCCGGCCAGCGCUGGCAUGGGGAGGGCCGGCGCCGCGGCCAACGGCACCCCGCAGAACGUCCAGGGCAUCACCUCCUACCAGCAGCGAAUAACUGCCCAGCAUCCUCUGCCCAACCAAUCAGAAUGUAGGAAAAUCUACAGAUAUGACGGAAUCUACUGUGAAUCUACCUACCAGAAUUUACAAGCACUGAGAAAGGAGAAGUCCCGAGAUGCUGCUCGCUCCCGCCGGGGAAAAGAAAAUUUUGAGUUCUAUGAAUUGGCCAAGUUGUUGCCUCUUCCUGCAGCCAUCACUAGCCAGCUUGACAAGGCAUCCAUAAUUCGACUUACAAUUAGCUAUCUGAAAAUGAGGGACUUUGCUAACCAGGGGGAUCCUCCAUGGAACUUGCGAAUGGAAGGCCCCCCACCCAACACAUCAGUAAAAGGGAUACAAAUGUGGAAAUCUGAAAUCUGCAUGAGAAAGACACCAUGUGAAGGUGCACAACGAAGGAGAAGCCCCAGUGCACUGGCCAUUGAAGUAUUUGAAGCACAUUUGGGAAGUCACAUUUUGCAGUCCCUGGAUGGCUUUGUAUUUGCACUAAAUCAAGAAGGAAAAUUUUUGUACAUUUCUGAAACAGUCUCCAUCUACCUAGGCCUCUCACAAGUGGAGCUGACAGGCAGCAGCGUCUUUGACUAUGUCCACCCCGGGGACCACGUGGAGAUGGCCGAGCAGCUGGGCAUGAAGCUCCCGCCUGGGCGGGGUCUCCUCUCGCAGGGCACGGCUGAGGACGGAGCCAGCUCGGCAUCUUCCUCCUCGCAGUCGGAGACCCCUGAGCCAGUGGAGUCAACCAGCCCCAGUCUGCUAACCACUGACAACACUCUUGAGCGUUCCUUUUUCAUCCGAAUGAAAUCUACUCUGACCAAACGCGGCGUGCACAUCAAAUCAUCAGGAUAUAAGGUGGCAAAGGGCAGAAAGUAUGUUCAUAAAAUAAAAGGCGGAAGGUAUCUGGAAGCUGCCGCCAUGGCUCUAGCCCCACUGUGGGGCCUGCAGGUGUGUCAGGAGGAAGGACUGUGGAGCGCCCUGAGCCCGCGGAUUAGUGAUUAUAUGGACCUGACCCCUGUAGACAUUGUAGGGAAGAGAUGCUACCACUUUAUCCACGCCGAAGACGUCGAGGGCAUCAGGCACAGCCACCUGGACUUGCUGAACAAGGGCCAGUGUGUGACCAAGUACUAUCGCUGGAUGCAGAAGAAUGGAGGAUAUAUUUGGAUACAGUCUAGUGCCACCAUAGCUAUUAACGCCAAGAACGCAAAUGAGAAGAAUAUCAUCUGGGUGAAUUAUCUUCUUAGCAACCCUGAGUACAAGGACACGCCAAUGGACAUCGCACAGCUUCCCCAUCUGCCGGAGAAGACCUCGGAGUCCUCCGAGACAUCCGACUCUGAAUCAGACUCCAAAGAUACCUCAGAGGAAAACGAGAACUCCAAGUCCGACGAGAAGGGGAACCAGUCCGAGAACAGCGAAGACCCGGAGCCCGACCGGAAAAAGUCGGGUAACGCGUGCGACAACGACAUGAACUGCAACGACGACGGCCACAGCUCCAGCAACCCGGACAGCCGCGACAGCGACGACAGCUUCGAGCACUCGGACUUUGAGAACCCCAAGGCGGGCGAGAACAGCUUCGGCGCGCUGGGCCCCAUGCAGAUCAAGGUGGAGCGCUACGUGGAGAGCGAGUCGGACCUGCGGCUGCAGAACUGCGAGUCGCUCACGUCCGACAGCGCCAAGGACUCGGACAGCGCGGGCGAGGCGGGCGCGCAGGCCUCCAGCAAGCACCAGAAGCGCAAGAAGCGGCGGAAACGGCAGAAGGGCGGCAGCGCCAGCCGCCGGCGCCUGUCCAGCGCGUCGAGCCCCGGGGGCCUGGACGCCGGCCUGGUGGAGGCCCCGCGGCUGCUGUCCUCCCCCAACAGUGCCUCGGUGCUCAAGAUCAAGACGGAGAUCUCGGAACCCAUCAACUUCGACAACGACAGCAGCAUCUGGAACUACCCGCCCAACCGGGAGAUCUCCAGGAACGAGUCCCCCUACAGCAUGACCAAGCCCCCCAGCUCGGAGCACUUUCCGUCCCCGCAGGGCGGCGGGGCCGGCGGCGGGCUGCACGUGGCCAUCCCCGACUCGGCCCUCACGCCGCCCGGCGCCGACGGCGCAGCUGCCCGCAAGACUCAGUUCAGCGCCUCGGCCACUGCCGCCCUGGCCCCAGUCGCCUCUGACCCGCUGUCACCCCCGCUCUCGGCGUCCCCGCGGGACAAGCACCCCGGGGGCGGAGGCGGCGGCGGCGGGGGCGCCCCCAGUGCGUCCAACUCGCUGCUGUACACUGGGGACCUGGAGGCGCUGCAGAGGUUGCAGGCCGGCAACGUCGUGCUGCCGCUGGUGCACAGGGUGACCGGGACCCUGGCCGCCACCAGCACGGCGGCGCAGAGGGUCUACACCACGGGCACCAUCCGCUAUGCUCCUGCAGAGGUGACCCUGGCCAUGCAGGGCAACCUGCUGCCCAACGCGCACGCUGUUAACUUCGUGGACGUUAACAGCCCCGGCUUCGGCCUCGACCCCAAGACGCCCAUGGAAAUGCUCUACCACCACGUGCACCGGCUCAAUAUGUCGGGACCGUUCGGCGGCGCGGUGAGCGCAGCCAGCCUGACGCAGAUGCCCGCCGGCAACGUGUUCACCACGGCCGAGGGACUCUUCUCCACACUCCCCUUCCCCGUGUACAGCAACGGCAUCCACGCGGCACAGACUCUGGAGCGCAAGGAGGACUGAGACCAGGGCUCCCCCGGAGGCAUCAUUGGCGUUUUCGUUUAGACCUUUAAUUCUAGCACUUUGAAUUCGAGCAGGUCAGCGUCUUCUCUCAACACGACGGUCCCCACCCCACCCCUUCUUUCUUUAACUUGACUAUUCUUUCCUGUAAAGAUAUGUUUAUUUUUUGCCUUCAGAAAGUCAGAUGACCAGUUGCCUGCCAUUUUGUCGUCUUCUAAGAUGUGUGUUGGGUUGUUUUGCUUUCCUUUGCAUCUUUAUUAAGAUGUCUUUAAUGUGUAUAUGCCUCUGCCAUAGAAUACUCAGUCUUGUGGUCAAGAGAUUUCUCAAGUGACAACCAUUGGGUUUUCUUCAUAAAGAUCUUGAUAUGAUCAAGAUUGAAAGAGACAAGGAAACAAUGUGCCCUGUUUGACUAAGUCAAAUGAAAUGGGGUGGUGUUUUGUUUUUUGUUCCUAAUUCCUUUAAAAAUAGGGGGAUAGUAUUUUAGAAUUUUAUGCAGAAUUUAAUUCUCUUUUUAUGGUUAAGAUUUUCUUACUUGCACAUAAAAAUAAUUUGGGUUCUUAAACUUAAUUUCUGGCCUGUGACUAGAAUGUUUUAAAAAAAAAAGUUGGACUAAAUGUUAAUUACUGAAACAUUAACUUAAUUUCUAAAACCAUGGUGCUAUCAUUUAUUAAUCUGUAAUGUCUUCAUACAAAAUGCAGCUCCUGGGCUGGGUUUUGGGAAAACCGUGUUCUGUCCUGGUCUGGAGUCCGUUGCUGCAGUCUUCUUGGUUAGUUAAGACAAAGCCCUCAUUAACAUUUGCUGCAGGACUUAAAAUUUUUUACCUCCCAACUAACAAACAUAGCCUCACGUUAACUUUAAUGGGUCAGUAAAGCUCUUUUUAAAGGGGCUUUUGGAAAAUUCCAUCGAACUGAUUUGAGGAGCAGUUUAAGUACAUACUGCCCUUUGUUGAGCUUUUUUUGUAUUAUUAUUCCUUUUCUCAGUCUGACUGAGGCUAAUUUUUGCAACAUCAAUAACACUUCGGAGUAAAAGAAGGAAAAAAAUAUUUAACAUUUUUUUUUCAUUUCUUGCUAUAAAAGGAAGAUUGUAUUUUGGGGGACUGAUUUGAUUUGAUGGAAAUAUUUUUUUUCCCUUUGGUUGUCUUAUUUCUAGGUGGAAACCAAUAAGGUUUAAAACUAAAGAGUGGGUUAAUAAGCUUCAAACAGAUAACUGCAACUGAAAACUGCACAUUAAGUAAAAAAAAGAAAAAAAAAGAAAAAGAAAAAAAAAUAUCCUAUUUUGUCUUUGUUGCCAGAAAUCAGUGUAGUGUCAAACACUCCAAAUGACUGUCAAGUAUAAAUCCUUCUUCCACUCCAUUUUUGGCAGCUGUUUGUUAAGGCAUCUAAUAACAGAUGUGAGAACUGUAAUGUGUGCAAUGUGUACGUGUCCUUGGCUGUCAGCCCAUUGCAGUUUCAAUGUGUGUUUCUAUAUGCAGUAUAUACUAAGCUAAUGUAGUUGUUUUGUCCUUUGUCUUCUCUGUGCUCUAUCUCUAGUCUGGAGUGGUACAGUCCCAUUCCUGCAGUCCUAGUGAAUCAGUGAUUCUUGGAGGUUAGUGAUUUUUGUGUGGUGGCCUUCCUCUGUAAUGUCACCCUAUGCUGCUUCUACUGUCUGUGAAUCUUUGUUUCACUUUUUAAGAUUCCUGCUGUUGCUUUGCUGGUGUAUAUUCUCCCGACCUCUCCUUUCUUUCCCUCCCUCUUUCACAUCCCCUUUUCCUUCCUCAUCUUUCCUUCCCCCAUUCUCCAAGAUAUUUUCAUUCUCAGAGAUAAACAGACUCUUAACUAGCUCAAGGUUAAUGGAGCCAUUUUUCCCACAGUGGAGUUCUGGGUAUGACUCUUUCUUCCAGAGUACAACACAAAGCUCUGAAGAAUAAUGCUCAGAUAGAUUAAAUAAAUUGAUGCCAUAUAGCCUCAGUUGUUAACAUUUCCAGAGUCCCUUGUGCUCUCCCUAUAAGCAGUGGGUGCUUUUCUUUGGUUUCUGUCCAGGUUGGCUGAUGGAGCAAUAUGUAAAGCAAUUACCAGUGAGACAGGAAAUUAUUUCAAAGGUCAACCAACAUUUUUUAAAAACAAAAGGGGAGGUGGUCAUGGAAUAUAGAAUUGCCAUAUAUAUUUGUUUCUGCGUGCAAUGCUAAUAUAGUAAUUCGGCUGUCCUUUGAAUAUCACUAUGUUGAGUGGAUUCCUCUAGGACCUUUGAUUCCAUGAGUUGGGCCCAUAUCACUGUGGAAUAAUAGCAAAAAGAAAUUAAAUGUCACAAAUUUUAAUAGGGAUUUUACCUGAAGGAUUUAAGUAUGUUUAGAAGGUGAAGAGGGCCAAUCAUGAUAUUUAAAGAUUAAUUUUGGAAGCUCUAUUCUAGCUAUCGAACAAUCAAAGGAAUGCACCUACCAGCUACAAAGAACAGCUAACACAGCUGUUUUUUUUUUCUUUUAUAAAUGUUUCUGUGUUGUGUCAAAAUGAUUUCUGGUGAUUUAAACUAACAGAUAAUCACAGCUGCUGUCUAAAUCCAUAGUGUUUAAAAUUACAAAAUGAAAAAAAAAACACGUCAUUACCUGUGAAGACUGUGUCUGUGUUUUUAACUAUUUCUUGUACAAAUAUAUGAAAACUUUUAUGAGGAGACUGGUGCCAAGUAGCUGAAUAAUGGGGAAAGGGAUAUUCUGUUCGUAAAAAUCUUAGCAGUGUUACCAACUCUACAAUAUAUAUAUAAAAAAAAUUAAAACGUUACAAAGCGACAGCUAUGGUACAUUUGUUUUGUGUGAAGCUAACCAGACCUAACUUCCUGAGUGCCUGGCUUAUUUUGAAACAUUUUUUUUCAUUGACCAUUGAUAAUGCUGCAAAUCAGAAAUGUACAUACUUCAUUUACAACAGGGUUCUUUUUAUACUUUUGUAGAUUCUCAUACAUGUCAC